CAAUAACAACAAUAGUAAAACGCCAAGCCACCGCCAGCUUUCCCCAUAAUCCAGUCGUAAGUCGAUGGAACCCGCAGAUUUGGCUCUCUCCGACUCUCUCUCUGUGCGUCGACUUUCCCACCCUCUCUGUCUCUCUCUCUCUUCUCCCUCAAUUCGCACCCAGUUCUCGCCUAAUUCCUCCCUAAUUCUCCCCUAAUUUCGCUGAAUGAUGCUUCGGACUACUUUACUAGGGUACCGACGCCCGCUAUGAACCCUUUCGAGUCCGACGAGUCGCCGGUGCCCAGCACCGCCCCUCUGGGUGCGGAUGAUGUCGCGGGUGGUAUUGCGGUCCUCGACGAUUUCGAUACCAUGAGUCAUACCAGUUCGCGAGAUCCAGGUAGCACCGGAGGAGGAGGGGGAGGGGGAGGGGGACUGCCGACCGGGAGUAAUGAUUUGAUCGAGCAGGAACAAGAACAAGAACAAGAACAACAGCAGCAACAACAGAUGAUGGCGAUGAUGGGCGAGGAAACCCCAGCGGAGAAGGAAGACAACAAGCCGGUAUGGAGCGAGAUGAAAACCAAGGCUGGCAAGGAGCGCAAACGGCUGCCGCUGGCUUGUAUCGCGUGCAGGAGGAAGAAGAUCCGCUGUUCGGGCGAGAAGCCGGCGUGCAAGCACUGCUUCCGGUCCCGAAUCCCCUGCGUGUACAAGGUCACGACGCGAAAGGCUGCCCCGCGCACGGAUUACAUGGCGAUGUUGGACAAGCGGCUCAAGCGCAUGGAGGACCGGGUCAUCAAGAUGAUUCCCAAGGAGGAAAACAGGGAUAUGGCAGCUAUCGGACGGUCAGUCGUCAAGCCGGCGACUGCAAGUGGUGGUAGUAUUGGGAGUGGUACUGGCGGUGGUUCGUCGAAAACGCAAAAAAAGCGAUCCGCGGACGAGGCCUUUGCGGCGGAACUCGACGAGUGGGUUCGUGGCGAGCGCGGCACCCAGCUGGAUACCUUUCCGAUGAUGCGAGAAGCAAAGUCUGGGGACGGGGGCGUGGGCUUGUUGACCGAGGGGGCCGAGUUUCUCCCUGCCAUGGAGAUCCAGGAGCAUCUGGCCGAGGUCUUCUUCGACUGCGUGUACGGACAGUCGUACCUGCUACUGCAUAAACCGAGCUUCAUCCGACGGCUCAAGGCCGGCACCGUUCCCCCAGUCCUGAUCCUCGCCGUCUGCGCGGUCUCGGCGCGGUUUUCCACCCAUCCCCAGAUCAACUCCGAACCGCCCUUUCUGCGUGGGGAGAAUUGGGCGCAGCCGGCCGCCACCAUCGCCUUGAGCCGUCACGACGAGCCGAAUAUCACCAUCCUCACGGUCUUCUUGCUGCUGGGUCUGCAUGAGUUUGGAACCUGCCAUGGGGGGAGAAGCUGGUCCUACGGGGGUCAGGCCCUGCGCAUGGCCUACGCCCUGCAGCUGCACCGAGAACUGGAACACGACCCAUCGCUCAACCCGACAAAUGCCAACGGCAGUCUGCUCAGUUUCACGGACCGUGAAAUCAAACGGCGCACCAUGUGGGCGUGCUUCCUGAUGGAUCGGUACAAUUCGUCAGGCAGCCAGCGCCCGCCCAUCGGGAACGAGAAGUUUAUGCAGAUCCAACUCCCCAUCAAAGAAUCACAGUUCCAAAUGGAGAUCCCAGGGCCCACGGAAGACUUGGAAGGGAAGGUCCUGAACCCGGUGCCCGACAACGUAGGCCAGCUGUCCAACGCCAAGGAGAACAUGGGAGUCUCCGCGUAUAUCAUCCGGGCGGUCGUCCUAUGGGGGCGGAUCGUCGACUAUCUGAAUCUGGGCGGCAAGAGGAAGGACGUGCAUCCUCUGUGGUCGCCAGAGUCGGGCUACAUGCGCCUGCGACGGCAGCUCGACGACUUCUCCGCCUCGUUACCCAGUUCGUUGCACUUCACCUUUGAGAACCUGCAGAUCCAUGCCGCAGAGAAGAUCGCCAACCAGUUUCUCUUCCUUCAUAUCAUCAUCCAUCAGAACAUGCUCUUUCUCAACCAGUUCGCCAUCCCUCUGUCUCCCGGCGGCCGUCCGCCGAGAGACAUGCCCAAAUCCUUCCUGAGCGAAGCCGGGCGAGCGGCCGUGGAAUCAGCCCACCACAUUUCAGUCUUGAUCGACCGCGCCUCAGCAUAUCCCCUGACGGUCCCGUUUGCCGGAUACUGCGCCUACUCCGCCAGUACGGUUCACAUCUGGGGGAUAUUCUCGAAGAACGCUCAGCUCGAGGCCCGCUCAAAGGAGAAUCUGCGCCACACGUAUCGAUACCUCAACCGGAUGAAAAAGUACUGGGGCAUGUUCCACUACAUGGUCGAGAGUGCCAAGGAUCGGUAUCGGCAGUUUGCAGAUGCAGCCAUCCGCGGCGUGGUGCCCACGCAGAAUGGCGAUAUCGCCCCCAUGUUCCAGUACGGAGACUGGUUCGAUAAAUACCCUCAUGGGGUGUCGAGGUUCCACUGGGAAGACCCGGACAGGAAACGCAAGGAGAGCGGCGACGACGCCGUCAUGGGCCAGAAGCCCGACUUGCAGAGCGUCGAGGACUUCUUUGCCAGUCUCUCUCCCUCCACCCCGCAAAACAUCGUCGCCCACCGUAAACCCUCUUCUUCUGAACGACGGAGCAGCAAGGCGGCCGCCGAAGGCGUCCCCGCCGCCGUGGAUCAAGUCUCGCCCUCCGCGCCAAUCGUGGAUGUGAGCAUGCCAUCAAACAACGGCACUGCCGUUCUGGGCACCGCUGCCGCCGGCUUCCCUCAACCAUAUUCCCAGGAACGGAUGCAGUCUCUGGGCCACGCCUCCUUUGACUUUGGCGGCUUUGCUCCCGACCAACUCCCGCAGCUCGAUCGACAGUUUGUCUACGGCGCCUUCACCGGCUUCGAUCCCACCUCACUGGUCUCCCCCUCUGAGCCGCCGCACAUGGGCCCUCCUCCAUCUUCUCAUCCUCCUCCUCCUCCUCCCUCUUCUUCUUCUUCUUCUCACGCUCCCCCGGUCGUUAGCCGCGAAGACGGCCAAAGCACAGACCACCAAUCCUCACUAUGGACAGGCCACCUCGACCCCAACGCCCCCUCCGGGACGGCCGAGUUCUACCAGCCCAGCGCAUGGUUCUUACCCUUCAACCUGGACCCUGUCGGCACCGGGCACAGCCUAGACCCCAACGCACAACCACAGUCUGCAUCGACCAUGGAACCCGUCUACGGCCAGUCGAGCAACAACAUGAUGGAUUCCUUCGACCUCGGUCUCGCAGGGUUGAGCCAGUCGUCUUCUUCUCACCAGCGGAUGCAGGGAUGAACACGCACAGUGGAAAGUUGUCUUGUAUUCUGUACCAACCUUCGAAUCUUGAUAUUCUUGGAGCACGGCGACUCGUUUCUUCUGCAUGGGGGUUUUUUCUGUUCAUUUUUCACGACCUUUGUCUUUUUUUUAUUCGAUUCACGUUGGCUGGGUUGGCUGGGCUGCGAAGGUGCUGGUACUCUUUCGGUAAAAAGCCGACGUGGUGUUUGAACUGUCUUCCAUCUGAAUAGUUGUACCUAUAUCAUAGGUCAUGAAUCAUGCUAGACUAUAUCCACUAGGUAUAUAGUGCAAUGAGAAUAAUACUUAAAAAAAACAUGUCAG